AUGAAUAUCUACUGUUUACGCGAUGCUCGUUACUCUUACAGAGCUCUUCAAGCCACACUUGAAGACCUUGAAUACAGAUUUGAUGACUUGAGGGAAACAAAGACUCACAUUGAAGAGUGGAUGAGGCAGGUUCCUCCUUCAAUUCUUUUGGAACAGGAGAAGAAGAUAGGUGACCUGUAUAUCAGGAUAAACAAUGUUCUUCGAGCAUUUUAUGAAGUUUUGGGAAACAUGGAUCUGGAACAAUCAUCAAGUCAGUUUAAACCUGCACUGGACGCCUAUAAGGAAGGAGCAAGUUUUGCACUGAUGGGGAAAUUUCGUAAAGAGUUCUUAAAUCUUCAAAGGAAACUGGAUAUUAUUGAGGAAAGGCAGGGAGGAACGGGAAGCAGUACUUACAUUGAAUGGGGCAGUAAGAUGUGCACUAGUGCUUUAUCAACAACUUUGCACUCGGGAUAUAUGGCAGCCACAAAAGAGGCUGGAGUAGGUGGCGCUGUGUCCUACCUGUGUCUUCCUGAAAACCCUCAGUUAGAAAAUAGCCCAGUAGUCACAGCAUCAACAAGUUUACAAAGUCCUGUGAACGGUGUCCGUUAUGGACUAUUAGACGCUGGAUUGCCAGACGUGGAACUAAACAAAAAUCUUUAUACUAAGGGAGUGCCGUGUAGUCUCUGUCAUCUACAUAGUGGUAUGAAUGUGCUGACCAUUCCUGGUAAAGAUGGAUGCCCACAAAGUUUCAUGCAGCAGUAUGCCGGAUAUUUGAUGGCCAGCCAAGAUGGAGGCCAAAGGACGGAGUAUGUCUGUGUUAGAAAAGGAGCUACUUUCCAUGAAGUAAAUGGCUUACUACCACGAGCAGGAAAUAAUUUGGCUUUAGUUGCUGCUAAACCUGGAGCCCUUCCAGCAGACAAAUAUCCCGAAAACAGCUUGAUCCCAUGCGUGGUGUGUUCUACAAUGUACUAAAUACAGCAAAGCCUUCGUAAACCAGAACAUUGUCUACAAAAUAAAUAUAUAACGCUAUCGAAACAUAUCUUCUAAACUUAUUUAAAGAAAAUAGGCAGUUGUUGAUUGGAUGUUGCAAACAAAAUAAAUUGUGAAGCUUAUUUUA